GAGCAGAGGCGAGUGCUGUGUCUUCCACACAAACAGCUUCUGCGGCAUCCAUGAGGAGGAGAGUUACGCCUUCUCCGGCCAUCAAUUCAAUGCUGGCAGCUCGAAAGAGGCUCUUGGAUAAAGCGCUGUCACACAGGAUGAAGGUAAAAUCAUUUGUCCCAUGUGUUACAAUCCCAUUUUUGGGUUUGUAAUUAUCGUCUACAAUAGCAAACAAUGUGUUAUAUGUUGAAUACCAUAAGAAUCAAAUCAUCUGUCAGUCUUAACUUACAUACAUUGUUUUUCAACAGUCGUUCCACCAGGUGGCAUCAUUGUUGAGGAGAGAUCACUCUAGUGUUCAAGGUGCUGAUUUGAGAAGUGCGAUGCCACAACCACCUGAAACUUACGAUCUGACGAAUGAAAAGACUGUUAUGGAAGGCCAGUCCGGUGGAAGCAGUGCCCCCAGGCGUUUCCUCACACAGAGACCAGGUCUGUCUGUCCGUUCUCUUCACCCUCCCCCUCGGGUCGGCAUUCGUCUUCCUAACCGGUCACCGGUACCUUUAACAUCCUCAGCUCCUGGGGUUGCCGUCAUCCGUCUGCAGACCCCUGGAGGCCAGGGCGCCACUCGUAGUGAGGGGAACCCGAGCCCCCAGCAGGCAGUCCAGGACACGGGAGGGAGAGGCGGCCUACAGGAACAGAUUCAGACCCUGGGCUCUGAAGUGCGCAGCUUGGGUCAGGCAGUGAAGAUGCUGGUGGAGCAGCAGUGCUGCCUGGAGAGGGAGCAGGCGCAGCAGACGCACAUUCAGAAGCAGAUCCUCAGCACUCUACAGAGCCUCGCUGCCAAAUUGGGACGUUGUAGCGUUGUCCAGCAGCAGCACAACAAAACUCCAUCACCCUCUGGUUUGCCAACAGCGUCUGCAUCUACCUCUUUCAGCCAAGACACCUUCAACUUCAGUCAAGGCACUUAUACUCAGUGCAGCCAAACUCAGCCAAGCUACAACUCCUUAGAGAGUUUAGAAAACGUAGAGGCCUUUAAACUGCCAGGACUGAGCCCUUCAAGCAUGAACGGGUUUCCGCCAUGUAGCAACGCUGAUAACCUCACACUUACUCACACUCCCCCUCAAACACAACAAUAUGCAGCGGCGUACCCACAGCAAAACAGUCAAACACUCAUGCCACCCUACACACAGUCCUACGUCCCCACAUACAGCCAGUCACAUUCUCAGACUUUCAGAGCAUCAGAAAGUAAAACUUCAGAUUACCCAAGCAGCUGCUCAGCAAGGACUCUCCAGGACUGCAGCGUGUCCACACAGCCGGUGAUGAACUCUAACCAUUCUUCACAGGAUCAGCAGAUCAAUAUUAUCAAAGUGGAAGGACCUUAAAGGCCUUCACAUGCUACACAGUGUUUUGGGACCAUAAGGGCUCGGAUGUGCUUUUUUUAGGGUCAUUUUAGAGUAGUUAUUUAAGAGACUCAUGUUUUUACAAUGAACAUAUACUGUAAAUUUCUUAAAUUAAUUAAUUUAAUUACAUUUUAACAGAGUACAAACAGCAAUAGGAUGCAGUGCUUUAGUAAUAAUGUGUUUAUGAUUUGUCUUUAGUACAGGCAGCCAUUACAAAAUUAGAGAAAAUGAUUAUGUGCAGGCACUUUGUCAUUUUUUUGUCACACCUGUUUGUUAUUUUGUAUCUAUUAUUUUUGUAUCAUUAGGACUGGCAUUACAGACUGUUAGUUUUCAUAACUCUAUGCUAACUGAUAAAAAAAAAACAACAACCAAUAAACAGAUGUUAUUGAUCCAAAGCAAGUUCCCAUCUCAGUGUGUAAGGCAGUGUGUUAGAGGCUAACGUAUUAUUUGUACAAA